CCACGGAUUUCUAGCUGUCAAAUAGCAUACAAAUCGACAGUCGUAGUCGUCAACUUGCUGCGCGCUGGCACUCGUUGGCUGCCUGCGAAACUGACAAGUUGUUGCGAGUUAACGUGUAUUUGCCAAAAUAAAAGUGCAGAUAAGUAAAAAAGUAUGGCAUCAAAGUUGAUUUUGGGAGUGCGCUUAACUCCUCAAUCUUUCACUACAGUUAAAAUCGAUCACGUCAAUCUUGACAACAAAGUUGAACACCUUAAGACAGAAGCUGCACUAAAAGUUAACCUCCCGAAAGAAUGUCUUGAACUAGUUUACUGCGGAUGCAUUUUGGAGGAUGAUGCUACCUUGGCAUCGUGUGGGUUAAAAUCUGGAGUUAUGAUUCAUGUACUGAAGAAAAAAGAACCAGAAGUUCUUGUUCCUGCUAAACCUAUUUCCGAAGCCAGCGUUUUGCACCUUGCUUCUGCAUUUCGAUCGUUCAAUGUCAAUCCCGCUCUGCGCAGUGCCCUGCAUCGACUGAGCAAAAGACCUGAAGUUAUUGAAAAUAUAAUAUCAUCGUCACCAGGAUUAAGUGAGGAUUCAGUGGCAAUCGCUAUGCUUCAAGAUCCAGACCUGAUGGCUCACUUCACCGAUCCAGAUACUGUUAGAAGAAUAGCAGAACUACACCCAUGUCUGGUCGAAGCCGCUCAACAUAUUGCUGCUGCUGUACAUGAAGAAGCUCACAGUAAUUCGGCAGGAACUUCAAAUGCAUCAACAUCGUCAACCCAUCACACUGCUUAUUCCUACAGUCUUGACAAUAUGAGCGAUGAUGAGGAAAUGGCAGGGGAUUCUUCUCAAUCGUCAGAUUCUACCCAGCCGACAGGCUUAUCCAGAAACCAAUCCAACUCCGCUAUUACAACUGCACAGCUAGCUGCUGCUUUGGUCAGAGCUGGAGCACGAGGCUUUCCUCUUUCAAAUUCGUCAUCUACAUCUGGCAGCGGUUCGAGUUCUAGAGUUAUAACAACGGAAAUGUUUUCCCAAGCUAUGCAGCAAGCUUUUUCUUCCGGUUCUACGCAACCUCUUAUACCACCCUUACCUCCAGUUCUUCCUCAGCCGUCGGAAUUGCAAACACAACUUGCUCAGAUGCAUGAAAUGGGGCUUCAAGAUGACACCGUCAAUGUUCAGGCACUACAAUUUACCAACGGAGAUGUACAAGCUGCUAUAGAAUUAGUAUUUAGUGGAUUUAGUGACACCUAAAGAUGAUAUUUUAUUUAUGUUUUAUUACAAUUUACUACGGUGCAUAGGUUGUUACGUCCCAUCAAUGGCUAUGCAAAAUUCAGAACUGCAGGCCCUGCAUGUCUUUUGUUCUCAUAAAGUCGGAACUAAGUUGAACAACAUUUUACUGGCAGCAGAUAAAUCGGGCUCACUUUAUUCUUUUAUCUCAUACGCCUCUGCAAAUAUCUAAACUAUCUGAUGUGCAGAUGAAUAAAAGAAAUAAACAAUUC